UCUAGAUUAAGCCAAUGGCGUAGAAGAUACUUCAUAUAAAUCCUGUCACAUUCCCUCCACUUUGCCUACUAAAUAGCCCAAUUAGUAGUUGAAUAACCGAAUGAUCUUUCGGAAGUCUCUAACAUCUUUCAUGCGCCUAUCUAAUAACGUGUGCAACCCGCCUUCUUGGACCACCCACCCUCUCCCUCUCUCUCCCUCUCUCUCUCUCUAAAGUCAUUCACACAACCAACCAACCCAGAUCAAACCCACAUAACCACUCAAAAAAACCAACACCCGUCAAACCAUAAUUCCGACCACCACAAGAAAAAAAAUAUGCCAAACACCGCCCAAAAAAAUUAUCCGGUGAAGCUUCUUAUGGUGAUUUUCAUAAUCACCACAACUUCCAUGCCUAUUGAGGGCAUAGUCCCUCGAAAGCUCGAUGAUACUACUACUGUACCCACAUCACCGGACGCGGGAGGAGUCAAGUGCGGUACUUGCUCUCCUUGCAACGAACCAUGUUCCCAGAACCCUCCGCCGCCUCCACCACCACCAUCGCUGCCACCACCGCCGCCGCCCAAGAAGCGGCCCCCACCUUCCGCUCCGUACUGCCCUCCGCCGCCUCCCUCGGGGUUCAUUUACAUCACCGGUCCACCGGGCAAUUUAUACCCGAUAGACCCGUUUUUCUCUGGUGGCAAACGGAGUUUCGCCGUGGGGGUCUUACCAUUGAUCGGUUGUGGAUUGGUGGUGGGGCUUCUUGCUUUUUGGUGAACCGACUAUGGUAAAGAUUCGAAGUUGCAAUGAAAAAGUAAGACCUUUUUUUUUGUGAAUUCUAUGCAAAGUCUGAGCUUUUCAGAUACUACCAAGGACAAGAGAAUUCUUGCUUUGAGGAAAUUUAAUCCCCUGUGAUGUAACUAGGCUUUAUCUUAAUUGUCUAAUAAUGAAUAUUUGAUAAUUGGAAUAGCAAUAACAAUCAUUUUCUUUCUUUUUCUUGUGCUUUGGCAAGGGUUUUAUUGACCUCAGGUUAAUAAAAUAAUAUUCUGUUCUCUUUUCUUUUGGUGAUUAAUAGAAUUCCCUUUUUUGCUA